AUUGGCUUCCUGAAUGAGUGACAUAAAGAACUGUGUUGACAUGAAAAUUAAGUCAGCCAAUCUUUUUUCAAUCCUUCCUGAACAAUGCUGUGAAAGCAAACAGUGAUUCACUUAUGUAAAUCUCCGUUAAAUUACAGUUGUUUUAGGUUAAAGUAAGGUCCCAAAAGCAUUGGUUAAUAUUUUAUACAAGCGCUAAUAAUUUUAAUUAAGUCUUUGUUAGGAAAGGCCAAGAGAAAAGACAAACUGGGAGGGUAAACAGGUCUACAAGAGGGCUAUACAUGUUUCUUAAGUGUUUGUUUGCUAUUCAGGUGGAAUACUCACAUAAGCUUACUGAAAAGAGAAGAAGGGACCGGAUGAACUCAAGUAUGUCUGAAAUAGCUCAACUAUUGCCAUCUUCAUCUCCUUCAAAACAGGUGAGACUAUUAUUUGUACCCAUGUGUACUGGCCUCUGGUGGAGGCAUGAUUUGUAGCUGUAACAUAGUCAUGCAAAGAAAUGUACAAAAAAGUGUAUCGCAGGUGCAAAGUUGUUGUUUUGAUAGUCUAAAAAGCCCAUUAACCUUGCACUUAGUUCCAGCUAGUGAACCGUUUUCUUAGUGGUAUGUGUGGCCACUGAUGGCCCUGCCUGAUCGCUGUCUGUUCUUGGUAUUUGCAUUUGUCUUGCUUGAUACUGAUGUACCUCUUUCUUUCCAUGUAAAGCUGGAGAAAGCUGAAAUCCUAGAGAAGACAAUAACAUACAUCAAAAAACUUCAAGAGAUCACUGGAAAACAGGAACCUAAAACAGGAAGGAAAUCUAGUGAUCCAAGUCUGGCAGGUAUGUUUUAUAGACCCAAGUUAGGAAAUGGAUACUCCUCAUAUCAGCAUCUAUGAUACAGGUACAUCUGGUGUUAAAUCAGUGUCAGACUUGGAAAAUUGCAAACACCUAAAAUGUCCUACUCCUGGGAUAUUGUUUGUAAACCUUGUAAGGAAUGUUAACAAUAUAUUCCGGGUCCCGACUUGUGGCUACUCUUAGUAUUUCAUCACACAUUAACAUUUUUAUAUACAGUAGAACCCUGUUAACUCAAACUCUGAAGGGAGACCAAAAACAUUACGAGUUAUGGGGGUCAAUUGAAUGCCAAAUUUGCCACCUUACAGUGUAAUAAUAAUUAUUAAUAGUUAGUAAUUUUUCAGCCAUUCUGUGUUUGGUACAGUGCUAAUUUAACUUAUUUCAUCAGAAAGGUAACAUGAUUAUGCUUGUUAUGGUCAUAAUUAUGUGAUCUGUCUGUUGCACCAAUCAAAAUCAAAUUGCUGUAGUGUUAGUUUUGGUGGUUUUACUAAUUAUACAACAAGAAGAAAUAAGGAAAUGGCAUCUGAGUGGAGUUACAAGAACCAGAAUUUGAGUUACUGGGGUAAAUUUCAGUAAAAUUUUGAUCAAGAGAAAAAAUAGUUAGCUCGAGCUAGCAAGGAAUUAGAUUUAUCCGAGUUCAAAUUAACCGAGUAAAAAUGACUGAAAAUUGGGACGAAGUUCAAAGAAAGUGGGACUUAGUUCAAGUUUGCGGGGAGUUCAAGUUAUCAGGGUUCUACUGUAUUUAUAAAUUUUAAUAUGGUGGUGAUAGACUGAUUCUCUUUGCACCUAUUUAUUGGUCAAAAUAUGUGACAACUUUGAAACCACUAAAAGAUUGCUGUUAUCCAAACAUCUCAUCAUAGAAAUACAUUCUGUUUUUUGUGGUAAGCAGAAAUUCCCCACUCAUGCAUUAUCAUUACAAAUUAAUGAGAGUACAUUUACUUUUUUGUAGCAAAUCGGGAUGGAACACUCACUGAGAAGGCAGAUUCAAAUUCUGACUACUACAGUGGCUUUAGCGACUGCAUAAAAGAAGUAUUCCACUGUCUCACCAAUGUGGAGGCCAUGGAUCUUCAACAGCCCUGUUUUCAGAGACUCAUGUGCCAUUUGCAAAAUGAACUGAAGUUUAUGUUUGUAGAAAGAGGUGGAUCUGAACAGGGUCAACAUCUUGACUCAUCUUCUAAUGGUGAUUCGGAUAAUGUGACAUCAACAAGGGGCCCCAAGACUGCCUUGGGAUGCAAAAGGUCUCAUGAUAGCAUUGAAGCUGGCACCCCACAGGAGCCUCAUUCUAGUUUUAGCCCAGCAAAGCGCCAACAUAUUAGUGAUUACAAUAACUGUUCUGAAAGCACUUUAUGCACAAGAGAAAGUGACAUCAGUCUAAGCAGUUUAACUCCACAGGAGACCAUGAGUCCGAGCAGCUCUGGAACAGGAGGUAAUGGCCACUCCAAGAAAGAGAAACAAAAGGCUGCCCUGAAUGGAGUGAGUUUCUGGAUUGGAAGUGGAAGUCCUCUUUCAAAUCCAGAAAGCUCCAGUGACAAGGAAAAACGGGAAGGACUUUCCCCCAGCACCAACAUGUUUGAUAAAGUCAAUGGAGAAGGCAGUGGUUGUGUGAAUGAGGCUGUCAGUGGAAGCCUUAAAUGGCCUAAUAAUGGUCUUGAUUUGCCACUGGUUGCGACACCUAUUCCACCACGAACACCGUACAUACCUAACCCUUACACAGUGCCAACAUAUGCUCUUCAUCCAUCUGGCACACACUAUAUUCCUGUAGUACUUCACAUGAACAUUGCCCCACCUUCACUGCCUGAAAUGAAUGGAAGCUUCAAUCCAGUGCCUAAUAUGGCUGCACUAACCUUCAUGAGAAUGGGAGGGUUACACUACCCUCCAUAUUUCCCAUAUGGUGUACCUUUUGUACCCCCUGUGUCUAGCGGUAUCAAUGGGAUGAAUGGUUUACAUAAUCCAAAGCAGGAAUCUACUCAGAAACAGUGUGAGUCUAAGCCAAGAGAAGUUGAUUCCUCCACCUCUGUGUUGGAGUCUCAUUCAGGAAAUGAGUGUAGCACAACAGAUACUUUAAUUUUGUAGAAAAGUACAUCUGAUGUUCAUGAACAGCAACCUCCACAUAGCCACCAACAUGUACAUUGUAAAAAGUUUAAGAACUUUGAUUAUUGAAGUUCAUUAUUUAGAUUGUAGAAGGGCAUUUGAAGGCCUUUGUGCAACAGAAGCAUCCAUGGAAAUGAAUUAUUUUGUCCUCUCCUGCAAUUGCUGUUGACAUUGAUUACACGUAUAUGCAGAGUCCAAUAUUAACUGCUACAGUGUAAAAGUCAAUUUGUCAAUGAAGGGCACAUGAAGGCUUUUGUGCAACAGAGGUAUACAGCUGUACAUGUACAUAGCUUUUUU